UGGUGAGCGAGUGAGGGAGAACAGGAGUUCCCACGGGAUGUGAAGCCGGGCCAGGAGAGUCCGCCCGCACGCUACCACCUACACCGCCAGGAUGGGGUCUGGCUGGGCCGUAGCGGUGACGGUGGUGGGGAGUGUCAGCAUAGCCGGCCUACUGGCACUCCUGGCCCGCUACCUAGGCCUAUGGACCUGGGCCCUGGCCUACCUCAGGGCCGCCAGAGAGGAGAAGGUCAAGCUCUGUCGGUCCCAGCGAACCACCAGCACCCGCAGCUACCUGUUCGACAACGAUACAGACUGGAUCGGGCUUUGGCCACGCACGGGUUCGUACAAGCGCUUCACCAACCUGGACGACCCGACGAGCGUAGCUUCCCUGGACGACCCCUCACGACCUCCCGACCCAGACGAACCCGACCUGCCUCCCCAGCCGCUUAGACCAGCACCAGCGCCACCGCCCAGGAUGGCUGGAUGGACGGAGGGUGGGGAUGGGUCACCGUCGCCCGCCAGCAGCGUGGGCAUGGGUAUAGAGACACCGCCCGAACCCUCACGCCCAGCGCCUGUCCUGGACCGUCGGGACUCCUCACGCUCCCUUACUGGACGCAUUUCCAGACGAGAUUCCAGCAAGGAGCUGCUGGGAUCGUCACAGCAAAGCAGUCCCAAGCGAGCCUCAACCAACCCCUUCCGAGCUUCUUGGGUCCCUCCUGACGAGACAUCAGAGGAGUCUGUGACCCAAAACACCUUCAGUGCAAUCACAGGAUCCUCGCCCGGGAAACCCGUUGCAACAGGGAGCCAAUCAAUAGAGGGAUUUCCUGACCCCAGGGACAGUAGAAUUCAGAGUGAUGUAAGGAACCAGGUAGGGCCAGAGGGCCCCGGAUCAUCCUGGGACACCUCAGCCAGACCUCGCGAAGUCGAAUCUGAGGGACUGACAGACAGAGGUAUUUUUUGUGAUACUUCCAGUAGUAGUGCAAAGACAUCAUAUGAUACUUCUUACCUUCCUGCUGCUGACAGUGGGGCUGGGAAGACCCUGUACGACACUUUCGCCUUUUCUGCUGUUGCCAGUGAUGCUGGCAAGACGCAGUUCGACAGUUUUUCUACCCCUAUUGCUACCACCAUUGGUGCUGACAAGACGGCAUACGAUACUUCGUUGACCGCUGGUACAAGUGCUGGGAAUGCCUCCUACAAUACUUUUUCUUCCGCUAUCAGUAACCUAGGCAAGACGCCAUACAGCAUUUCUCUUAAUAAUUACGACGCUCUGAGCGACAAACAAAACGACAGUAAUGAGCCCAGGGACGAUGUCUUUGUUGACAUAUCUCAAAAUGAUAACACAGAAAAUGUUGAUGACAACAAACACUUCGAAAAGUCCAAUAGGACAUAUGACAGAGUGCUCGGAGGAACUUUAAAUUUUACACUGAAUGAUUUCGAGAGGUCUACCCAGGCUGUGAACGACAUCAAACAAGGCUUGGACAACACUCACACCUCCGGGACCCGCCUCCCUCAGAUGGAGGCCACUGCUUCUGAGUCGACCUGCGCGGAGGCCCAGGUGACCUCUGACGUGGAGAGCCUCAGCUUCGAAGUGCCGGCCACGUCCCCCAUCACAGCCAUCUUCUCCCAGACUCCUCGCUCUCCCCACAUAACCUCUAAACUGGCCGAACUGGAGGCCAGGAUGAAACAGCUGGGGGCGUCGACGGAGAGGGACGUGUCGCAAGACUGGUGGCCCUCCGAUACUCCCUCCUCCAGUGUGGUUGUGGAGGAGGUGCCAAGAGGAGGGAGAAACCCAUUUAUAGUGAGUGUGGGAAGUGGAGGAGGAGAAAAAGAGGAACAUGGAGGUCUGAGGAGUGUGGAAGAGGAGGAGGAGGUGUUCUUGCUACACGACACCGUUAACGAAGCGUCUCACAGAACAGACACGAGGUCGGAGCGCUGGGGCGGGGUGAGUUCUAGUGUUGGGACAGUGAGUGACGCUGAGAGUGAGGAGGACGCGAGUGCCAGACGAGUACGAGAGUACAUAGCGUCACUCAGUGCCAGACUGAGACAGAUUCCGGACCAGGAAGAUAUAGCCCGGGCAUCUCCAGACUAUAUGGACACCCCGCCCACCUCAGCCACUUGCCCCGCAACUCCCCCGAACUCGGCUGCGAGAGCGUCGAACACCGCCACUGAUGAGCUCCCUACUACGGGAACCCAGGUCCCACACAGCAGCGAGCAGCAGUCCUCCACCAGCACCCCGCCCACAACGGCAGCUCUCAGGAAUUUGUACAGUAACAGACGUGCAUCGGCCGAUGUAUCUCCUGCGUCGCCCACCAUUUUUACUCUCAACAUCAACAGAAGACUUUCCCUCGACACCCCUCCCAGCUCGGCCGGUUUGGUCACCGCCACCCCCCCGAACUCGGCCUCUUCUCAGCUCAUGUUCGGCGACACUCCCCCCAGCUCUGCCGGGUACUCCAGCACUCCUCCCAAUUCAGCUGGGCUGGCGGGGAGCUUCGAGGUGGGACAUGGGGCGGGGCAGACGUUGAAAAGAGCCAUGUCUUGCGACUCAGUGAGUUCAGACACCUCCGUCACCUUGGGUGAGCUGGAGGACACGUGUGGCCAGGUGACGGGACAUCUCACCGUCCAGCUUAUCUACGACAGUGACACAGCGGACCUGGAGGUGGUGGUGGUGGAGGGUCGUGACCUGGUGGGACCUGACCCACACGUCGCUGUAGACUCCUACGUCAGGGUCUUCCUACUCCCAGAUAAGUCAACCAACAUGCAGACCAGUUGUGAAUGA